AUGGAAAUUGGCUCAGCUGGGGGGGUGGAGGAUAAGAAUGAGGAUAAGAAUAAGGACGAAGUUGAUGUCAUGGAGAAGAAAGCCAAGGAUAAGGAUAUUCCUAAAUUAGAUGGAAAAACUAAUAAUCCGACCAAUCAGCCUCGCCAAUUACUAAAUCCUGAGAGAGAUUCUGCCAGUCAAAACGCUUCAAAUCAGUUGGAUGACAACAAUGACAACAUGAGAAUAAACCAAUUGAUUACACCGCCAACUACACUACUAACUACACCACCAAAUCAGACUACAGGACAGGAAGCUCCUCGAGCACAAGAAAUAAGCGCCGACCUGAUCAAGGAUUCGAAAAGCCUCAAACCGAGCUCUGAGCCCUACCUCAAUCUCUGCAGGACCAUCGAAAACUUCAAAGAGAGAUCGAAGCCCAGAACCAAGUCCUAUAUCAAGAAAAAGGCAGAGAAAGCUUAG